UGGCAGCUGCAGCCUCUGUAAAAACAGGUAUGGUCGCCGUGACGUCAGCAGGUCAGGUAGUGUGUAGUGCGCCGAGGCGUUCAAUUAGGUCCGUGGCGCGCGCACAAGCUCCUCGAGGAGAUUUUCCAGCAAGGUGCUCUCGCUCUCUCUAAAACCUGACCUUUUUCAGACAGGAUGUCUAGUAGAAGGAAGAGCGAAGGAUGUCGUAUAUGUGGCGGCAAUCUACAGGGCAACCAACGCCGGUGGCUUUUUGCAGCACAAAAUAGAAAAGGGGCCCAGAAUCAGAGUCCAACGCGGUCACUUUACAGAGAGCCGUCCUCUCUUCUGUCACCCACCAGGUCUGCCCAGAGCAGCCCAUGGGGCAGUACAUUAUCUCUCGGCUCCUCAAAUUCAUUGCACAAGUCUCAUACCCUUCCCAAUCCUAAUAAAGGAAUGGACCUGCUCGCUGUGCUGACACACAUAUUAGGGCAGUCUGUAACACGGGGAAACGGGAAAGAGGAGUUUGUAUGUGGCAAAUGUGUUUCUGUACUCGAGCGAGUGUUUAAGUUUGACACAGUCAUAGCCAGAGUACGAGUUUUGUCCAGAGAGAGGCUUCAGAAACUAACUCAGGAAAGGGAUAGAUUAAGACAGUGGGUGCGAAGUCUUUAUAGGCAGCGCUACCCAUCUGACCUGAGGAGUAGAGGAAGCUGCAGUGAAGAUGACUUUGAGCUGGGAGAAAACGACUCGGGGAAAGCUUACCGAGAGAUGCUGAGUGACAACAUGGCUCUCGCGGCGUAUGAAUGUUGGUCUGAGAAAGCUGAAUCGUGUCCGUAUUUUAAGAGAACCGGAAAAAAAUGCAACAAAUCGAAAAAUUGUGAAUGUUGUGACUCCUUAAGAGUGUCCGAUUCUGCUUACGAACAUAUUUGUGGAGUUCCUCGCCACCUACCACAGGAAGCCCAGUCUCCGUUAGGCCUAUCUCGGGACAAGUCCCAGAGUAUGCCUCUUCACUGGUCCAGAGCUCCAUCACUCCGCUCUAGUUCUGCCUCCUUAUCUGGUUCCUGCCAUUCGCUAAAAGCACGAUCCCGUACGGUUUCAGCACAAUCGCUUGACUCUUUAGAUUGUCAUGAUCCAUUUGAUUGGACAGAUGAGAAUUCGGUCAUCUUGGACUCUAUCCUUCAUAAGCUGAAAAGUAUAGAGGGAAAGCCAGUCAGGUCUCCAACAGGAAGUCGCAUCCCAGUUUUAGCGAAGGGACCAAAUGGUAUUUUAGCAGAUGGGUCACCUCCGAUCAAGGUCACACGGGUGCUGAGUUUUGGACAAGGAGAUGAACAAGAGGAGGAAGAUUUGAAUGGAGAGAGUGAGGAUGUGCUGACUGAACUGAGGGAUGAGUUUCUGCCACUGCAUAGAGAGGGCACUACAGCCAGAGUGCACCUUGUAGUUAAGCAGUUACAAGAGCAGCUGGAUCAAGCACAGGCUCGUAUCAGGGCAAUGGAGGCAGGGCUUCAGAACAGCACCCAUUCGGUCCCCAGUAAGACACAUCCAUCAAAGACGUCACUGUCUGAGUAUCCAAACAGCAACUCAGGGGAUGAGAGUGGACUGAUCCAGAAUCUUAGCCAUUCCCUUCAAAGCAGAGACAAAGUUAUACAGGAAUGUGUGACUUUGAUCCGAAAGCUGUGUGUGGACCUUGGCUCAGGGUUGGAGGAGGCUGAUAAGCUCAUCAGCAAUGUGACUGUCAGUCUGACUGAUAGGCGUUCACAGCGAGAGGAGGCCUUGGAAGCUGAGCUUACUGAACUGAAGGAGAAAGAAAGAAGUCUGCAGAAAGAGCUGCAGUCACUUCAGGAGGCAAGCAGAGGACAAGAAAGAGAUCUCCUCACUCUCAACAGUGUGCUCCAGUCUAACCAGGAUAUCAUUGGUCAUUUGCGAGUAGAACUGGCUGAGAGGACUCAAUCGCUGCAGGACAUGCAGAAAGAGAGGGAGUUAUGGAAAGAGCGGGACACCGCCCUGGAAAAGAUACUACAGGAAAAAGAAGCUCUCAUUACUCAUCUGCAGCAGGCAAUAGAGAGCUCUCACAACGAUGUUCAGGCUCUUUCAGAUUCUCUGAUUGGUCGGGGUUUGCCAGGAGGCGGAGCUGAGGGUGCUUUGGCCAGUCAGGUGCGAGAGCAGGAGUCCUUGCUUUCUGUCUGCCUCAAAGAUUGGGAGGUGCACACUGCUACCACAAGGCAGGAAGUCUCAAAACUCUGUACAGCUUUAGAAGACGCUGAGGCUGUAAUACAGAACCAAAGGCAAAGUCACAAACAAGCCAUCACAGAGCUAUCAGAGCAGCUGAGAGACUCUCGCAAGGAGCUGAGGGAGAUGAUUAAAGACGCCAAGCUCGCAGAACAAGCCUGGAAGUCUGAAAGGGCAAAGAAAGAUUUAGAAGAAGGCAGAUUGAGAGAAAGUUUACAGAAAAGGGAUAAACUCAUCGAGCAAGUGCUCCUGGAUGCAGAGAAGAGAGAUGGCAUGCUAAUAGAACUGCAUCAGGACAUCUUCAGUAAGGUUGAACCAAGGGUCGGCCUCAAACAGACGCUAUGAUUGCAGUGUGUGUGUGUGUGUGAAGGAGAAUGCCAACUAUACACUGGACUGUAUAUAUGCUGCAUAUGUAUUAAGCUUAAAUGACCAUGUCUUUGUAAUAACACUGCCAAAGAUUGAUGAAGGCCCUCAAUUUAGCCUUUUUGUUGCCAAACACCUUACUGCUUUUAAGUCACUAUUUUGUUUGUUUGUUUGUUUAUAAAGUAUGUUCUUGCCUUUAAUUGUAUUCCACAGACAGCAGUUAUCUCCUUUCGGUUAAUUGUAACCUGUUGACACUGUGUAUUUCAAGAAGUGAUGGUUUUAAUUUAUUUCUCAGCAAAACAUAAUAUUGUACAAGGAAUCCUUUACUACUGAUUCUUCACCAGUACCGAAGUGCACCUGCUAUUUUUUUUUUUUUAUGAAUGUGAUUUCUGGGAUUAAGCGAGGGGCCAUUUUGAGUUGUUUUUGCCUAUAAACUAUUAAUUUCCUCCAAGCCAUGGAGAGAGAAAUGUGUCAUUCAUUGAUUUAUGCAGUCAAUGUUUUUAUUUUCUAAUUCAUUAGUGCAAUGGGAUAUUUUGUUUUUAACUUUUAAUUUUUUUUAAGAUUUCUUUGUUUAAUUAUUUAUUAGGGAGUACAGCCAAGUGAAACUUGAUGAUCCCUUUUUUUUGUGUCUGCCUUUUGUCUUCUUUAAAUGUAGGCCAAAAGCCUGUAAUCUGACAUUUAACAUUUGGAUGAGGUUAUGUUCAUGUGCCAAGUGAUUUGUUCUUUCUUGAGAACAAUAACAAUAAACACUAUUAUCACAUUAAUUAUACAA